AUGUCUAUGGCAUCUUCAUUCCCAUGCAUCAAAAUCCCAACAUGUUCCUCUUCUCCAUCUUGCACUCCAUCAACUUCAUCCUAUUCUUUGAGGUUCUCUUCUUCCAAGCCUCACUGUGUCACUAUAAGGAACUCUCAGGCUGAAGGGCCUGUGAGAAGGCCAGUGGCACCCCAAAUAAGAGAACCAUCAUCAAGUGCCCCUCAGCUCCAGAAGCCAACACUUCCUUCUCAGCCUCCAUCAUCAUCCCCUUCAGUUGUGCCUUCCCCACAGAAGCCAGCUACUGUUUUUGGGGAUGAUAAGAAUGUCAUUACAUUAGAGUUUCAGCGGCAAAAGGCUAAGGAGUUGCAGGAAUACUUCAAACAGAAGAAGCUUGAAGAAGCAAAUCAGGGUCCUUUCUUCGGUUUCAUAGGGAAAAAUGAGAUUAGUAAUGGAAGAUGGGCAAUGUUUGGUUUUGCUGUUGGGAUGCUUACAGAGUAUGCAACAGGGUCAGAUUUUGUUGAUCAAAUAAAGAUCCUUGUAUCGAAUUUUGGGAUAGUAGAUUUGGAAUGA